UAAAGAUACCUCUGUUUGAGACAAAUGAAAUGUAUAAAUACAAGUGUGGAGCCGUUCAUAAUUCCUCAUCAGCUUGUGCUAAAACAUGGAAAAAGCGUUGCCUGGUAACUGCCCAGCUGCCGUCCCGCCGGCCACUCCAGGCGCUCCAGUUGCGCCGCCGUCGCCGAUUGGUCAAGGUGAGCACGGACGACACGGUGCUAUUAGCCCAACCCCUGAUAAACGAAAGCCAGGCGGCCGGAAUAACGCUGUCAUGGAGGAUACGUCGCAGGCCACCUUUGAGCCCUCUCCUCCAGCUGCUCUAGUCUGCGACCCUCCGGCUGCUCCAGAAAGCGAUCCUCCGGCUGAUCCAGCCGAUCCAGUUGCGCCACCGGCUACUCCUCCUAUGGACCCUGACGAUGAGAGCAGGAGCGGAGCGGAGAGCCGUAUUGUUGAUAAACCACGCGACCGCGGUGGCCGUGGCCGCUAAGCUGUCGUGUACGUUCGUCGAAGCCAUCGCCGGCCAGACGACAUGUAUAAAUCACCCAGCCUCCUCGUCCAGAGUGUGCAAGCUUGAAUCACCAAUUGUUGUCGCCCUACAUGCGAGAGCAGGGCAAAUAUUUCUGCAUUGAUGUAUUUCUGGUCUAAAAUAGUACAUGUACAUUUCUAAGUUCAAUGAAGACAUGAAUAUAUUGUUGUGAACU